CACUGACCUUCAGUGCCUCGGCUCCAGUGCCAUGGCGCCUUCCAGGAAGUUCUUCGUUGGGGGGAACUGGAAGAUGAACGGGAAGAAGCAGAAUCUGGGGGAGCUCAUCGGCACUCUGAAUGCGGCCAAGGUGCCGGCGGACACCGAGGUGGUUUGUGCUCCCCCCACUGCCUAUAUCGACUUCGCCUGGCAGAAGCUAGAUCCCAAGAUUGCUGUGGCUGCACAGAACUGCUACAAAGUGACUAAUGACUUUACUGGGGAGAUCAGCCCUGGCAUGAUCAAAGACUGCGGAGCCACGUGGGUGGUCCUGGGGCACUCAGAGAGAAGGCAUGUCUUUGGGGAGUCAGAUGAGCCGAUUGGGCAGAAAGUAGCCCAUGCUCUGGCUGAGGGACUCGGAGUAAUCACCUGUAUUGGGGAGAAGCUAGAUGAAAGGGAACCUGGCAUCACUGAGAAGGUUGUUUUCGAGCAGACAAAGGUCAUUGUAGAUAAUGUGAAAGACUGGAGCAAGGUCGUCCUGGCCUAUAAGCCUGUGUGGGCCAUUGGUACUGGCAAGACUGCAACACCCCAACAGGCCCAGGAAGUACAGGAGAAGCUCCAAGGAUGGCUUAAGUCCAACGUCUCUGAAGCAGUGGCUCAGAGCACCCCUAUCAUUUAUGGAGGCUCGGUGAAUGGGGCAACCUGCAAGGAGCUGGCCGGCCAGCCUGAUGUGGAUGGCUUCCUUGUGGGUGGUGCUUCCCUCAAGCCCAAAUUUGUGGACAUCAUCAAUGCCAAACAAUGAGCCCCAUCCAUCUCCCCUACCCUUCCUGCCAAGCCAGGGACUAAGCAGCCCAGAAGCGCAGUAACUGCCCCUCCCCUGCACAUGCUUCUGAUGGUGUCACCUGCUCCUUCCUGUGGCCUCAUCCAAACUGUACCUUCCUUUACCAUUUAUAUUUUCACCCUGUAAUGGCUGGGACCAGGCCAAUUCCUUCCCCACUUACUAUAAUGGUUGGAACUAAAUGUCACUAAGGUGGCUUCUCCUCGUCUGAGAGGUGGAAGGGGUGGGAUUUGCUCCUGGGUUCCCUAGGCCCUAGUGAGGGCAGGAGAGAAACCAUCCUCUCCCUUCUUACACUGUGAGGGCAAGAUCCUCCCCUCCGAAGGCAGGAGUGCUGCCCUCUCCCAUGGUGCCCAUGCCUGUGUGCUGUGUACGUGAACCACCCACAUGUGAGGGAAUAAACACCUGGCACUAG